UGCUGGCGUUCUCAUUUCAUUUCUUUGCAACUGCACGGAGAGGGAAGAGCCCCCAUCGUAAGAGGAAGGAAGCGCCCUCAUAUGCUUCAGAUCCAAAAUCUAUCUGCACUGCACUCCUUUAUUCUGUUCGUUUCUCCGAUCACGUCUGGUCGUCUUUACGGAUCUUGAUUCUCGGCUAGGGUUCGUCCGCGCCACUUCCGUCACUCAAUUCGAGACUUUCGCGACUGAUCGCGUCUUGAUUCUGCUUGAUUCUCGCUCGCAUCUGAUUGAGCUCUUCCCAACUUCGCAACGGACCCAAUCAUGAAUCCUUUCUCGUCCGGAACGCGUCUAAGGGACAUGAUUCGGGCUAUACGUUCUUGCAAAACUGCCGCAGAGGAACGUGCUGUUGUAAGAAAAGAAUGUGCUGCUAUUCGUGCCGCCGUUAGUGAAAAUGAUCAUGAUUAUAGACAUCGUAACCUGGCAAAGCUCAUGUUCAUUCACAUGCUAGGUUACCCAACUCAUUUUGGUCAGAUGGAGUGCUUGAAGUUGAUUGCAGCUGCUGGAUUUCCAGAGAAGAGAAUAGGUUAUCUUGGUCUUAUGUUGCUUCUCGAUGAAAGACAAGAAGUUUUGAUGUUGGUUACGAACUCAUUGAAACAAGAUCUCAAUCAUUCAAACCAGUAUAUUGUGGGACUUGCUCUUUGCGCUUUGGGGAAUAUUUGUUCAGCAGAAAUGGCUCGUGAUCUUGCACCAGAAGUAGAAAGAUUGCUACAAUUUCGAGAUCCAAAUAUUCGGAAAAAAGCAGCAUUAUGUUCUAUAAGGAUUAUAAGGAAAGUCCCAGACCUUGCAGAAAAUUUUAUAAAUUCUGCUGCUUCCCUGAUUAAAGAAAAGCACCAUGGAGUUUUAAUUACUGGGGUUCAGCUUUGUACAGAUCUAUGCAAAGUCAGUCCAGAGGCCCUUGAAUAUUUUAGGAAGAAGUGCACAGAGGGAGUGGUCAAAGUUCUAAAGGAUGUUGUGAACAGUCCAUAUGCGCCUGAGUAUGACGUUGCUGGAAUUACAGAUCCUUUUCUCCACAUCAGGUUGCUUAAGCUUUUGCAUGUAUUGGGCCAAGGAGAUGCUGAUACUAGUGACUGCAUGAAUGACAUUCUUGCUCAGGUGGCGACAAAAACAGAGACAAACAAAAAUGCAGGGAAUGCUAUUCUUUACGAAUGUGUUGAAACUAUCAUGAGUAUUGAAGAUAAUAGUGGCUUGCGAGUGCUUGCUAUCAAUAUUUUGGGUAGAUUUUUGUCAAAUCGUGACAACAAUAUCAGAUAUGUUGCCUUAAAUAUGCUUACGAAGGCUAUUACAGUAGAUGCUCAAGCAGUGCAGAGGCAUCGGGCGACAAUCUUGGAAUGUGUAAAGGAUUCAGAUGCUUCAAUUCGGAAAAGGGCCCUUGAGCUUGUUUAUCUUCUAGUAAAUGAAAGCAAUGUGCAGCCUCUGACAAAGGAGCUAAUUGAAUAUCUGGAAGUAAGCGAUCAAGAAUUUAAGGGUGAUCUAACUGCCAAAAUCUGUUCUAUUGUUGAAAAGUUUUCCCCAGAAAAAAUCUGGUACAUUGAUCAGAUGCUGAAGGUUCUGUCUGAGGCUGGAAAUUUUGUGAAAGAUGAUGUGUGGCAUGCCCUUAUUGUUGUAAUAAGCAAUGCUCAUGACCUCCAUGGGUACACAGUAAGGUCCCUAUACAGAGCAUUUCAAACAUCAGGUGAACAGGAAAGCCUUGUUCGAGUGGCAGUCUGGUGCAUUGGAGAAUAUGGUGAAAUGUUGGUCAAUAAUGCAGGGAUGCUUGAUAGAGAGGAACCAAUAACUGUAACAGAAUCUGAUGCUGUGGAUGUUAUAGAGAUUGCUAUUAAGCGCCAUGGCUCGGAUCUCACUACCCGAGCAAUGUCUUUGAUUUCUCUGUUAAAGCUCUCUUGUCGUUUUCCAUCUUGUUCGCAGAGGAUAACAGAUAUAAUUGUUCAACAAAAGGGGAACCUGGUGCUUGAACUGCAGCAGAGAUCCAUUGAAUUUAAUCGUAUUAUUGAGAAGCAUCAGAAUAUCAGGUCUGUGCUACUUGAAAGGAUGCCAGUUCUGGAUGAAGCAACCUACAGUGGAAGGAGGGCUGGCUCUUUGCCGUCAACUGUUUCAACAUCUUCACGAGCAUCACUAAAUCUUCCAAAUGGAGUUGCGAAACCUGCUGCUGCUCCUCUCGUAGAUUUGCUCGAUCUAAGUUCAGAUGAUGCCCCUGCACCUAGCUCGUCUGGUGGUGAUUUUCUUCAGGAUCUUCUCGGGGUUGAUAUAUCACCGGUUUCAUCACAAUCAGUUACAAGUCAGGCUCCAAAAACUGGCACAGAUGUUCUUCUGGAUCUUUUGUCAAUCGGAACACCUCCUGCACAAAGCAGCUCAUCAACGUUGGACAUUUUAUCCCCUAGUCAAGAUAACAAAAUGUCAUUGGAGAGACUGUCAUCUCCAUCUUCACUUUCUUCUGUAUCCUCUCCAGCAGGAGCUGCUCCUAUGAUGGAUUUGUUGGAUAGCUUUGCCCCCAGUUCAUCAAUUCCUGAGGACAAUGGUCCAGUUUAUUCAUCUAUAGCUGCAUAUGAGAGCAGCUCUUUGAAGGUAACUUUUGAUUUCUCGAAGCCUCCCGGGAACCCUAAAACAACGAUGAUCCAGGCUACUUUUGUAAAUAAAUCACCUGAUGUGUACACAGAUUUUAUUUUCCAAGCAGCAGUUCCAAAGUUUCUUCAACUGCACUUAGACCCAGCUAGCAGCAAUACUCUUCCUGCAAGUGCUGAUGGCUCAAUCACUCAAAAUUUACGGGUUACCAACAGUCAACAUGGAAAGAAACCCAUUGUUAUGCGGACACGGAUAGCUUACAAGAUAAACAACAAAGAUGUCUUGGAGGAAGGACAAAUCAACAAUUUCCCUCGCGGUUUAUGAGAUUGAAUGUUUUUUUUAUAGAAGCUAAGGUGGUGAUGCAUGAGGUUUUAUAUAGUUUUUGCCAUUAUCAUUAUUCUUUUUCCAACUAAGAAACGCGUCUUAUGUCUGUAGUUUUAGUGCAGUGGUAUGUUUGAUAUCAUAUGUUAGGGGCGGUCUUCAGUUGCAGCAAAUAGGCCGUUUUUGUGUGAGCUGGGAGUUUUUGAUACGUCAAAUGAUCAUAUACUUUUUUUUAACCCUUUUCUUUUUGCCUCCUUUUAGGCCAUUUGUGUACAUUACGACAAAACAUUCUUGUAUGAAAUUCUGAUGAUUAAAUUUUGCCGGAAGCACCCUGAUGAUAGAGCUUGCAGUGUCAAGCUUGAAGUAU